UCGGUUACUGCCCACCUUGAACCUUCCCCAGUUUUUUCAAUCUGUGGCUUAUCGCCGUGACGUCAGCAGAGCACCGCCCACCUCAGCCAGCGAGUAAAGGGGAGGGAGGAGCCGCCAUUGCUGUGGCCGCCGGUGUGACAGGAACCGAGAACUGAACUAGAGCGCAUGGAAUCCCCAUACGUUAACGGGCCUUAGCUCCCGGGGGCGCCGUCAGUUACCGCGCAGCUUCUCGGCUCUUUGUGUUUUGUUUUUACUGAAGUGUUAGUUGGAAGCGGCUGGGAGUGAGAGCGGCAGGGAAAGCGAGAAAGGGGUGUGGGAGGGGAGCAGGAAUUGGGGGAGCUCUUCCUGCGGGAGGGAGGCGCACAGCGGGCUAGCCGAGGCCGUUACUGCUCCGCGGACCGUUAGGUGAGGGCAGCCCCGGGGGAGGGAGGACGGGGAGCCCCAGGCUCCGUUUGAUGGAUCCUCGGAUCGCCUGGUUCCAGCCAGAACAGCUCGGCCCCUCCAACAGCCUGUGGAUGCAGAUCUGGGAGACGACGCAAGGCCUGAGGAACCUGUACUUCAGCCACAGCAGCCCGGCCUCGUCCCCCGCGCACAGCGGAUCGUCCUCCUCCACCACCAGCUCCUCCGGCUGCGAGGCCAGCAUGUACCGGGACAGCGGGCCGCCGGCCUCCUCUCCGGCCGCCCCGCCACUGGCGGAGCAGGGCGACUUCUUACCGCUGGAGACCCCCAGCAACAACAACAACCAGCAGCCGGUGAGCCCCGGGUCCUGGAGGAAGGGGCCCGACCCCGGCAACAGCAACAAGAGGAAGCGCGACAACAAGGCCAGCACCUUCGGCCUGAACUACAGCCUGCUGCAGGCCGCCUGCCCGGGGAGCCACGGGGCCGGGGGCGCCUUCAGCGGGACCCCCUGGAAGAGCCGCAACUACAGCGACGAGGUGAUAGGACUUCACGAAGAGAUUCUCGACUUCUACAAAUAUAUGUCGCCACGUCCGGAAGAGGAGAAAAUGAGAAUGGAGGUGGUCAAUCGGAUAGAAAAUGUGAUUAAAGAGCUGUGGCCAAGCGCAGAUGUUCAGAUAUUUGGGAGUUUCAAAACAGGACUUUACUUGCCUACCAGUGACAUUGAUCUUGUGGUUUUUGGGAAAUGGGAGAAUUUACCACUUUGGACUCUUGAGGAGGCAUUGCGAAAACACAAGGUGGCCGAUGAAAACUCUGUCAAAGUACUGGACAAAGCCACAGUUCCUAUCAUUAAACUAACAGAUUCAUAUACUGAAGUCAAAGUCGAUAUAAGUUUUAAUGUUCAGAAUGGGGUGAAAGCAGCUCAGCUCAUCAGGGAUUUUAUCAAGAAAUACCCAGUUCUUCCAUAUCUAGUGCUGGUUUUAAAGCAGUUCCUAUUACAGAGAGACCUUAAUGAAGUGUUUACUGGCGGCAUAGGGUCCUACAGUCUCUUUUUAAUGGCCGUCAGUUUUCUGCAGUUGCACCCACGAGAAGACGCCUGCAGUCCAGAUGCCAACUAUGGGGUUUUGCUGAUAGAGUUUUUUGAACUUUAUGGAAGGCAUUUUAACUAUUUAAAAACUGGAAUCAGAAUAAAAGAUGGUGGCUCAUAUGUUGCCAAGGAUGAGGUACAAAAAAGCAUGUUGGAUGGGUACAGACCGUCUAUGCUGUAUAUUGAAGAUCCAUUGCAGCCUGGCAAUGAUGUGGGGAGGAGUUCAUAUGGAGCCAUGCAGGUGAAACAAGCCUUUGAUUAUGCAUUUGUUGUCUUAAGCCAUGCAGUAUCACCCAUAGCCAAGUUCUAUCCCAAUAAUGAAAGUGAAAGCAUUUUGGGACGUAUUAUUCGAGUGACGGAAGAAGUAGUUGCUUACAGAGAGUGGAUAUCCACAAAAUGGGGGAAGCAGAACAGGCCUGAACCACUUUACAAUGGGAAUGAUGUAACCUUAAUAGUGGACGUUCACCAUUUGGAUCAGCGUAAUAAUAAUGUGUCUGGACAAAAUGCUGCCUUGGGUCAAGCAAAGAAUAAGACCUCUGAAACCCUUGGCAAACACUCAUCUAAUUCAUCUGGUCCACUGUCUUCCUCCUCCUCCACCCUCUCCAGUUCCAGCGAUGUGAAGAAAGUCAUUAAACGUCUGUGCAUUCAGGACUCAGACGGAACUCCAUUCAAGACGUCAAAGCAGCCAAGUUGUCGGCAGGCAAGUGAAAAUCGAAUGGGUCCUCAGGAAUCCUGCACCAGCUCAUUGCAACCCAUCAGCAAGCCGCAAGCUAGCCAGAGUGUCAUCUCCUCAAACAGCAACAACAGGGCCCAGCAUGGCACAGCCAGACUUUUCCGUUCAAUGUCCUCCAGCAAAGGUUUCCAGACCCAACCCAAUACAAGCCAAGGCACAUCCAUGCCAAGCCGGCACCUACAGGGUGGCAAAGCACAGCACCAGCACUACACUAGCAAGAAACGCAAGCACAAGCGGGAAACGGACCUGUGUAGAUAG